CUUUGCUCCUUCAUGAUGUCCGGGCGCGGGAAGCAGGGCGGGAAGGCGCGCGCCAAGGCCAAGUCGCGCUCGUCGCGGGCCGGGCUGCAGUUCCCCGUGGGCCGCGUGCACCGGCUGCUGCGCAAGGGCAACUACGCGGAGCGCGUGGGCGCCGGCGCCCCGGUGUACCUGGCGGCCGUGCUGGAGUACCUGACGGCCGAGAUCCUGGAGCUGGCGGGCAACGCGGCCCGCGACAACAAGAAGACGCGCAUCAUCCCCCGCCACCUGCAGCUGGCCAUCCGCAACGACGAGGAGCUCAACAAGCUGCUGGGCAAGGUGACGAUCGCGCAGGGCGGCGUGCUGCCCAACAUCCAGGCCGUGCUGCUGCCCAAGAAGACCGACAGCCACAAGGCUAAAGCCAAGUGAACGCCGAAGGAAUAAGUGGCGCGCGUUUGCUUCUCUGAAAAAAAAAAAAAACAAACCCAAAGGCUCUUUUAAGAGCCACCCACAAGGUCCUAAGAGAGCUGUUAUCUCAGCAACUGUGAAUGCCGUUUAGUAUUAACUACUCAUCCCGUGUUUUAACUCGUCUUUAUUUUUGGUCGGAUAGUGUAGCAAUAUUUUCCAUAUUGUUAACCAAGUCGUGCCAAAAUGCCCUCCUCCCCAUGCAAGUCCUUCGCGGUAUGGGAUAUUUUUUUGUUUAGUUCUUCUGUCGGAGUGAGUGAGAGUUCCUGUCCCUCCCCCCUUUUUCCGCCUCUCUUUUCCGAGUAGCUGAUACAGUUCCAGAGACAAGAGGCGUAAUCGUCCGCGGGGAAGGGAGGAGGAAAGGCAGCGGGCCGGGAUUUCCGCUGACCAAUCCUUGGGCAGGGCGGGCUUUUUCAAUACUUAAAGCUCUUCCUUUCUUAUCGGGAACAAAAGGAUUGGGAGAGAUCAGGGCUAUUUUUGUUUCAGUAAAGAAACCCUACCCUCUUCCCUCCCCCGAAAAGACAAAUGCAUUUACGGAUACUAUAAGAGAAAAAAUUCAAAAGAUUAGACAUGGCUCAGUAGUAGCUUGCCUGGCAAUUGCACUAUUUUGUUACAAAAUAUAUAUUUUAAAAAAACAUACAUCCGAUUUUUUUUAUCAAAUCAUUGUUUUUUGGUAGUCAAAACAAUCACUCGGAGG